AUGGAGGAGAGAACGCUGCUCACUUUGGUGCUCUUUUCCUCACUCAUAACAUUAGCAGAAACUAUUGCUCAAAAGCAUGCUAUUGAAAUCUACAGCCUCCAUGUGGACUGCAAGGUCACAGCACGAUUUGCACACACCGUCAUCACCAGCAAAAUUGUCAACCGAGAUAAUGAGUCCAGAGAGGCCAUCUUUGAAGUGGAGUUACCCAAGACGGCCUUCAUCACCAACUUCUCCAUGUCCAUCGACGGUAAAGUAUACCCAGGAAUAAUAAAGGAGAAAGCUUCUGCUCAGAGGGAGUAUGACACUGCAGUCUCACACGGUCAGAGCGCCGGCCUCGUCAAAAUCACAGGCAGAAAACUGGAGCAGUUUCAUGUGUCUGUCAGCAUUGCGGCCGCCAGCAAAGUCACGUUUGAGCUGGUGUAUGAGGAGCUGUUGAGGCGGCAGCUGGGGAAGUAUGAGCUGCUGAUUAAGGUCCGACCAAAGCAGCUUGUUAAACACUUCCAGAUUGAUGUGCACAUCUUCGAGCCCCAAGGCAUCCGGUUCUUGGAGACAGACAGCACGUUCAUGACAAAUGAGUUAACUGAGGCGCUCACGAAAGUGCAGAAUGAAACCAAGGCUCAUAUUUUAUUUAAGCCAACUGUAGAACAACAAAAGAUAAAUCCUGAACUCGAUGAAACCCUCCUUGAUGGUGAUUUUAUUGUGCGUUAUGAUGUGCAGAGAGAGGCCACUGCAGGUGAUAUACAGAUUGUCAAUGGGUAUUUUGUGCAUUACUUUGCACCUCGUGAAAUGCCAGUUUUUCCCAAAAAUGUCAUCUUUGUUAUAGAUCGAAGUGGCUCCAUGGCAGGCAGAAAAAUUGAGCAGACGAGGGAUGCCCUGAUGAAGAUUUUGCAAGACCUCCACCCAGAAGAUCAUUUCAGCUUUAUCACCUUUAACAGCAGAGUGGUGGAGUGGAAGAGCUCUCUGCUGCAAGCCACGGCAGAGAAUGUGGCGAGUGCUGCAGAAUUCCUGCAAACACUGUCUGCUAGUGGAGGCACAGAUAUCAGUCGUGCCCUGCUGACUGCCGUGAGUGCACUGGACAAAGCUGAGGGGCUGCCAGAACGGAGCAUCUCCAUGGUUAUUUUGCUGACAGAUGGCCAGCCCACUUCUGGUGAGAGAAAUGUGGAAGUAAUUCAAGAAAACAUUCAGAGAGCAAUCAAUGGGAAAUAUGCUCUUUUCUGCCUUGGCUUCGGGUUUGAUGUCAGUUACAAGUUCUUGGAGAAAAUGGCCCUAAGCAAUCGGGGAAUAGCUCGUCGUAUAUAUGAAAAUGCUGAUGCAGCCUUGCAGCUCCAGGGCUUUUAUCAGGAGGUGGCUACCCCAAUAUUAAUGAAAAUUGAAAUGCACUAUCCGGAAAACGACGUUGAGGGAUUAACCAAGAACAAUUUCAAGCUGUUCUUUGAAGGAUCUGAAAUUAUAGUGUCUGGAAAAAUUAGCAAUGAUCUUGAUCUUCUGCCAGUAGAAAUUAAAGCUCAGUCGCACGGUAGUGACUUGACUCUUAAAGAAGAAGCAAAUGUCAGAGAGAAGGAGCAAGUAUUUCAAAACCAAAGUUACAUCUUUGGAAAUUUCAUAGAGAGACUGUGGGCUUACUUAACCAUUCAACAGCUUCUGGAAAAAUCUAUUUCAGCGCAAGAAGAGGAUCAGAAAACCCUGGAGGCACGAGCCUUAGAGCUCUCUCUGCAGUACAGCUUCGUGACACCCCUCACCUCCAUGGUGGUCACCAAACCUCCUGGCCAGCAGCAGACAGAGACGGCGAACAAACCCACUGAGGCUGAUAACGAGAAGACCAGCGGUUUUCCAGUAGGAGGUGUUCGUGGACUGAGGAAUAGGUUACCUCCUGACAGCGAAUACCCACAGCUUCUCUUGCCAUUACCUGAAGAAAAUGAAAUAAUCUGUUUAAAUACUAAUGGAAAAGCACAGCGCUCUGUCCACCUGCUGUCAGAUCUAGAGCAAGGACUCACUGUGACUGGAAGACUUGGCAACAGAUUGGAUCGGUUUGUGCAAUUUGAAAUUAACUAUGAGAAACCCCCUGUGCGCCUCCGCGUCUCCACAGCUGAGAUUGUCAUAAGGCACAAUAACGAGAGCAGUCGGCUGUUAUGGACGGAGUCAGCCACCUCCACCUUCCAGGGAUAAGAAACGCUGAGAGUCUCAGUUGCAAAGGAAAGGAGCGUUACAGCGUCAUCGUCUGAUACGGUCACAGUAAAGAUUUCCCUUAUAAAGUUUCCGCGUUUCCUUGGGCUGUAUUUCUUGAACACCGACCGUUUUUCUGACAAAGUCAGAGGAAUUCUGGGUCAAUUUUAUUUAAAAGCACAAUUUGAGAAAAACUCCACCGUCAAUGAGAGAACUGACGAAAGACUCCUAAGGGUGUCUGGAUCUGAGCACAGAGCUAUCAGGCAAUACAAGAAAGAUUACAGGCUUGAGGCAACCAGUGAUCCUGUUUCCUGCUGGUCAAUAAAUCUAACUCCCUAG